AUGAGCACCAACAACAAGCAAUCCUCCUCCGCCUACGGCACGCCCUCCUCGGACACGGCCUUCCGCAAAACCUGGGACCGCGAAGAAUACGCCAAAAAAGCCGCCGACGAUGAAGCCAAGCGCAAAGAAGAAUCCAAAGCCCGGUAUGAAGCCAAAUUGCUAGGCAAGAAAUGGCACGCUCCCGUGGAUUACAGCCAACUGGAAGCCACGACAUCGCGCAAAGAGCGACUCGAUGUCGCUUCGAUGGUUGGCAAGACGACCAUUGUUGCGUCGGGAUCAGCGAUUGGAAAGAGAGGUCGGGGUGCUGGAUUUUACUGCUCGGACUGUGACUUGACGUUCAAGGAUAACUUGCAGCUUGUGGAGCAUCUGAAUAGCAAGCAGCAUUUGAUUGCGACGGGACAGAGCGGGGAGGUUACGAGGGCUACGGUGGAGGAUGUGCGGGAGCGGUUGAGGAUGUUGGCGUAUCGGAAGCGGGUGCGCGAGGAGGAAGAGAGACGGGCUUGGCAGUUGGAUCUUGGGGAGAGGCUGAAGGAGCGGGAGGAGCAGGAUGCUAAGGAGAGGGAGGAGAAGAGGAGGAAGAGGAAUGAGAAGCGUCGUAAGGGAGGCGAUGGGAUCAAGCAGGAGGAUGACAGCUGGGAGGGCAGGUUGGGGAUUAUUGCGUAA